AUUUAUUUAUAACGGGUCUCUAUUAGCUUGGUGAAAAGCUUUAGGUUUGGGUGUUCCCCGUCACUCUGUUAUCCUCUUGCUCUCUCGCCAUCUGGGAGAGAUUUGCUUUCCUCCAUGGCGUCCUCUUCUGCCAAUUUAUGGGUAUUGCUCGGUCUGGGUCUUGCUGGGAUCAUCUUCAUGACCAGAAAACUCAAGAAGGUUGUCAAAGAAGACUUUGGCGCUUUCAUCGAGAAGUUCCAGCUGCAUCCUCCUCCUCAGCCUGCUCCACCCAAAGCUCCUCACCCUCUCACCGGUCUUUCUUUCGCCGUAUCUGACUUAUUUGAUAUUGAUGGAUUUGUCACUGGGUUUGGUAAUCUGGACUGGGCAAGGACACACGAAGCAGCUAGUUGUACAGCUUCUGUUGUUUCGGCUCUCAUUGAAGGAGGUGCUAUGUGUGUUGGAAAAACUGUUGUGGAUGAAAUGGCAUAUAGUAUCAUUGGAGAAAAUAAAUAUUAUGGUGCACCUACCAAUCCUGCAGCCCAUGCACGGAUACCGGGAGGAUCCUCAAGUGGAGCAGCUGUGGCUGUAGCUGCUAAUCUUGUUGACUUCUCUUUGGGUGUUGAUACUGUUGGUGGCGUGAGAGUUCCUGCUGCAUUUUGUGGUGUUAUUGGAUUCCGGCCCUCACAUGGGGCUGUUUCUCACAUGGGUAUCAUUCCUGUGUCCACGAGCCUCGACACAGUUGGAUGGUUCGCUAGAGAUCCAAAUACAUUGCACCGUGUUGGCCAUGUGCUACUGCAGCUUCCAUUUGCAGUUCAACGUACUCCUAAGCAUUUUAUUGUUGCUGACGAUUGUUUUCAAGUACUAAAGAUUUCCGUUGAUAGGGUUGCUCAGGUGGUGAUUAAAUCUGUCGAGAUGCUAUUUGGGAGACAAGUUUUGAAACACGAAAAUCUCGAACGUUAUCUGAUCAAUAAAGUUCCAAGCUUGAAAGCAUUUCAUGACAAGAAAACAAAUGGUGAAUUGAAGAGUUCUUCACUAAAAUUGCUUGCAAAUGCUGCACGGUUUCUUCACUGGCAUGAAUUCAAACAUUCUCAUGGAGAAUGGAUUAACACAGUGAAGCCUAUUUUGGAUCCUGUUAUUUCAGCACAAAUACAUGAGACACUUGAGACAGAAAAUGAGGAGAUUGAAGUCUGCAAAUCAAUUAAGAAUGAAAUGCGUGUUGCUCUCAGUUCUCUUUUAAAGGAUGAUGGAAUUUUGCUGAUCCCUACAAUUGCUGAUCCUCCUCCAAAAGUUGGCAGUAAGGAGCCUUCAUCAGAAGAGUUCCAAAACCGGGCAUUUAGCCUGUUGAGCAUUGCUAGCAUGUCAGGCUGCUGUCAGGUCACACUUCCGUUGGGAUUUCAUGACAAGUGUCCUGUUUCUGUAUCACUCAUAGCAAGGCAUGGAGGUGAUCGAUUUUUAUUAGACACAGUGCAGACAAUGUAUGCAUCUCUAGUGGAGCAGGCUGAAAUAGCUGUGAAGUCCAAAUUGCCCAGUAAUGCUUUCAGCCAGGACCAAUCUGCCGAGAUUGCCAAAGAAAGGGGUAACCAAGCAUUCAAAGAUAAGCAGUGGCAAAAGGCUAUUGGCUUCUACACAGAGGCCAUCAAACUUAGUUGCAAUAAUGCCACAUACUACAGCAACAGGGCUGCGGCGUAUCUGGAACUAAGGAGUUUCCUUCAGGCUGAGGCAGAUUGUACCAAGGCCAUCAAUCUUAAUAAAAAGAAUGUGAAGGCGUAUUUGCGGAGAGGCACAGCACGAGAGAUGCUCGGUUAUUAUAAGGAGGCAAUUGAAGAUUUCAGAUAUGCACUUGUUCUUGAGCCGACCAAUAAAAGAGCAGCCCAGUCUGCUGACAGGUUAAAGAAGUUGUUUCCAUAAGUGAAGUGAAAACUUGAAGAGAACUCAAGCCUUAGCAUGGGGACAUCUUUUUGCAACUACCAGUAAAUCUCUGUAUGGAACUGUCAUGGGGGAUGGCCAUUGAUGCAUAUAUUGACAGCCCUGACGAAGAAAUUUUGAGGUGUGGUCAGAAAAGUUGUUCCUGCCUAAUCUGGUUACCUGGAUGCCAUACUCUAUUUGUUCGUAUGGCCUGAUUUUGUCUCAAAAGCAUUUUAUUGUCGGAUUGUAACUCUUCAUUGAGCUGAGGACUUUAUUGGUCAAGCUUUAUUAAUCUUAUCUUAUCAUUCUUUUUUUUUUCUUUCUGUAAAUGACUUAAAUUAUUUAGUCCCUUCGGCAGCUGUCAUUGUGUUGACUGGAAUUUUUUUGUCCCGUCACUUGGUGUAGAAUAAACUGUGAAUGUGAGGUAUUAUUUCUGCUGAAUAUAUGAGGUCAAACAAAUCAUGAUAUUCAAUUGAUGUGGCAGUGGGAGGGACUUUGAUUGGCCUUUUUAUUUUUGGGUUCUGUUUGGAUGUUUUCAGCUGUAAAAGUCAUGAACUAAUUCUUAUUAUUUGAACAGUUAGUAGUCUUUUU